AUGUCAGAAGAUGUGUGGCUCGAAAACGUCCAAGUGGAAGACGCAGCACCCUUAAUCAACCCCAACAUGUGUAUUACAUUCGUCGUUCGACUGCUCCAUCAUGCCCGUCAAUUGCUGCCGCAGGCUCAGGUUCCCAUUGUGCGCGCGCUCGCAACCUAUCUGACUCUCCUGAAGUCAGACAAGGCGCACGGCGUCUCUCGUGCGACUGCACAUAACAUGAAGUUCAUGACGGCUAAAUUCAAUUUGGUUCUUCGGUUACUCGCACUGCGCUGCAGACAGGGUUCAUUUAGGUCGGCUUCAAUACAGCAGGAAGCACAGUUCACACUACUCAGAGCGAUGGCGGGGAAUCAACCCGUUAUGCCUGUGACCCGGCAAAGCUAUCAGGCUAUCGCUGCGGUCCAACUUACACACAAAAAGACAUCGGCAGAACGUCAAUUUGCAGAAUUGAAGGCACCAUCGUGGCCACCCUGGAAAGAAGAGAAGUCAGGCAUCGACUUCCAGCGCGGAUCUGAAGGGAUGAGUAGUCGAGCAAUGCGCGUGAUGGCCCAAAUGAAGGAGGCAGGAUACGGCCAUAGCCGCUGGGAAGAGGUUGCUGGAAUCUAUGCCGGCUGGGACACCGACAAAAGUCCAACCAUCCAAACUAGGGCUUCGACGCCCCAGCCCCGGCUUCUGGGCAAUUCGGUAGGCAGUACCUCUAGUGCAGCAAUCUGGGAGGCUCGUUUGCGUUCCACUAGAACUGUGCGUGAAGCCUGGGCAUGCUUCCUGUCAUACCAAGAUCAAGGCCUGCCCCCACGGGACAGAGUGUAUGGUGCGAUGGUUGACAAGUUGAUCUACGGCGAUAAGCCAGAGAAGAACAACCUUAGCUACUCAAACCAUGCGCUGCCGGGCGAUGGAUUGGAAGUUUUCCCCGAACCUUCCUCCGCCCGAGAUUUGAUCUAUGUACAUACCGAGCCACCUACUUUGGGUGAAUUUCUCCAUCAGAUGAUGUCCCAGGGCAUCCGACCGCGGAGCAAGAUGUUGGCUUCGCUUCUUCCUUCCGCGCCUAACAUCCGUUGUGGUCUGGAUUAUCUUUGCUGCAGCCUUCUAUCCAACGAUCAGGUCAUGGCCUUGUGUACUAUUUGGGGCAGUGAAACCGCCUAUCGAGAAAGAAGUGGGAGAGUCUUGAACGAGAUAUCAGACUAUCUUUUCACUGCCUUUAUAUCCCUCUUGUGCAAGUUUCCGACCCCGAAGGAGCUUAUGUUUCGACACUCCGUGCGCGCCAUGGAUGCCUUCCCCUUAAUUAUGGGGUACCGGUCCAAGGCUCACUUGAAGCCCGCGACCCUCUUUUCUUAUGCCCCGGGCAGCCCAACCAAUUUACAGCAUGCGAUCAAUUUGCUUAUGGUACGGAAGUCCAAGCCUCCCGAGGCAUGGACUCAUGUCUUGUCGGCUAUUAGCAGGAACCGCCUGUCUCAUGCCAACCGCGUGGUAAAUAAAAACACGCAAAUUGUAUUCGCCUGGUAUGAGAGCUUGGAAUUACUUGGCCGCAUGAAAAAGCUUCGAAUUGAACUUCGUCCGGAGGCAUUCCGGCUUCUUUGCAACAGUUUCUCCAAAUUCAUGAUGGCCGAGAAAACACAUCCCGGCGCAACAGAAGAAGGCAUGCAACUUGUAGCAGAAGCGGCACGGCAUGGAGCAUUGACUCAUGUCGAUUCAGACUCUCUGCAGCCGCAGGAUAUCACUGCCCGUGGUCUUCAUAUCCUCCGAAGUCAAUUUGACCGACUGGUUACCCAGGGCUCGAUGACAUACCCAGUGUUUGGGAAGGACAGCAAACGUCGAUUCAGAGCGGAAGGCGCCGACUCACUGCCUCGUUUAUCUUACAUUCCCUCCCCGGCCAUCUUCCACGCACUUGUGAGAUCGCUUGGGUUUGCCGAAGAUUACGAUGGCUUAAUACAAGUCCUUGAAUGGAUGUGUCGCUACGAAUCCAACAUCCAGGAAGUGUCGGAAGAGUAUAUGAACGGCGCAAGGAUGUUGCGAAACGUCGUGGUGGCAGUCGGCGUGUUCCUCGAGGGACAUUUGGGCGUACGGUCCCAACAGCGCUCGACCAAGACGCAGCCGGCUCAUGUGCCGACCGAAACACUCUCAGCGGAGGAAGCCUCGUCGGAUCAUUCCGAUGGAAGACCACCUGCGGACCUCUUCUUGGAGAAAGCAUAUGACAUGGUGACGGCGUCGGAGGUCCUGGGUCCUUGGCCGAACCAUGAAGAAAUCCAGGCGUAUUGCCAAACUCAUUGGGAGGAGCAGCGGGUGCUGUGA